AUGCGGGUCCUUUCCAUAUUUUUUCGUUCUUUAACUUUAACCGCUCUGGGAGCGAGUUUAUAUAUUUAUUAUUAUACUGCUUUUUGUGGAUGGAAAUGGAAAGACUCUGAAACACGAAUCCUUUUCUUGGCUGACCCGCAGAUUGAAGGUGAUGCGAAAAUAGAACGAGAAGGAAUAAGAGGCAACGAUAUUUAUAUUCGACAUGUCUACACAUCAUUCGUGUCUCCGUAUUCCCUAUUUACACAUAAACCUACUCAUACUAUCAUACUUGGUGAUCUGUUCUCAAGUCAAUGGACUAAUGAUAAAGAGUUUAAGAAAAGAGUGGAAAGAUAUAAGUGGAUAUUUGGUGAUCCUAGAGGUGAAUAUACUCAUGAAUUAAUAAAUUUAACCGGAAAUCAUGACAUAGGAUAUGGUUCGGAUAUGUCGCGUUAUAGGGUGGAUAGAUGGGAACGUGAAUUUGGUAAAACUAAUUUUGGUGGCUGGAUACCAUCAAGUUCUUUAUCGACUUCAGAAGACUCAGCGAAAAUAAUGAGACAUAGAAUCGCAGUUAUAAAUUCUAUGAAUAUAGACGGUCCAGCUUCAGAUGAGGAUUUGCGAUUGGAAACAUGGUCUUUCCUCGAUUCAUUAGCUGAAGAACGCGAGCAAAAUGAAUAUGAUAUACCUUUAAUUUUAUUAUCACAUAUACCCAUAUACAAAGAGGAAGGAUUAUGUAUUGAUGGUCCAAUGACUAUCUUUGAUCACAAUGAUUGCAUAAAAGAACAAAAUCACCUUUCAAAAAAUGCAUCAAAAUUUAUUCUUACUAAACUCAAGCCGAAAUUUAUAUUUGCGGGGCAUGAUCAUGAAGGAUGUGAUAUAACACAUGUAGUACGCAUACAUGACGAUGAUAACCAUUCAUUAGAGGCUUACAGGACAUCCGAUUUUGAGAUGAGAAAGGAUGAACUUAUUGGACAAGAUGAUAGUGAAAAUAUUUUGGUUGUUAGAGAAGUUACUGUUAGAUCAGUAAUGGGUGGAUUUGAAGGUAAUGCUGGAUUAUUUGAAAUUAAAAGUACGAUUACAGAAGACGGAAAUAAAGUCUAA